UAUUAAUAAUCAUAGAAUUAAUGCUAGAGAUAGUGCGUUCUAUUCAAGAAAGUUCAAUAAUAAUAGAUAAUGCCAGAUCUAAUAUUAAAAAAGAAGCUUUUCCAAAGAGUGAUGGUAUUAUAAGUGUAAAUUAUUAUUUCAUAAAUAAUAUAAACAAACAUAAUAUUAUUAAAUAAAAUUUAAAAGCAUAAUCUUUAUUAUGACUAUUCGUGAAAAUCACAUGUGAGUAUAAAUGAGUAUAAAACAUUAUAUUAUCAUUAGACUGUAAAUGAAUAUUAUCCGUCAGAACAGUUGACGUUAGUUGACAUUUUUUAUUAAACCUAUAUUUGACCUAUAUUCUAUGUUAUUUAUAUAUGUCCUUAGAAGUAUCAUUUAAAUUAUAUCAAACGUAUUUAGUAUGUAUAUAUAUAUAUAUAUACGUUUGCAUUUACGAAAGAAUAUCAUUCUAAAUGUAAGUUACGAACUCAUUGUAAUAAGAUUAAUUAAUUAUACAUUGUUGGGUUAUCAUGGAAAUAAAAUUACUGCGUGUAUUAAUCUAUAUUAAGUUUUUAUGUCUGGUAUCAAUCGUCGCGCAUGCGGAAGAGGAAAAUUCCACCGGAUUUAAAAUUCAACCGAUCACAACCGAUCCGUUAAAAGCAGCAUUAUUUAGAAUACAAUCAAAUGCAGAUUAUCUGAGAAAAUUGUUUGUGAGAAAUAGAGAAGAUUAUUUAGAAAUUAUUAGAGCAGCUAUACAAACAGAAGAUAUAUCUGAUCGUAAAUUAUUAAUAAUCAUGGAAUUAAUUCAAGAGAUAGUGUAUUCUAUUCAAGAAUGUUCAAUAGAAAUACAUAAUGCCAGAUCUAAUAUUAAAAAUGGAGCUACUUCAAUGAGUAAUGAUAUUAUAAAUGUGAGAAAAUCAUUUGCGACGCAUAGAGAAGAUUAUAUAGAAGUUAUUAAAGCUAUACAAACAGAAAAUAAAUUUGAUCGUAAAUUAUUAAUAAUCAAAGAAUUAAUGGAAGAGAUAGUACAUUAUAUUCAAGCAAGUUCAACAGUAAUAGAUACUGCCAGAUCUAAUAUUAACAAUGAAACUUUUUCAAAGAGUGCUGGUAUUAUAACUGCCUUGUUUUCGAUAUUGGAGAAUGUAUCUCUUUUUGGAGAUCUUAUUUUUCAUUUCCCAGAUAUGGUUGCUAAAAUUGUAAGACUUGAAAAAAAAUGGAUUGAUAUACUAUUGUUGUCUGCGCAAUAUGUUGAUUCAUAUGAAGAUAUUGUGGAUGAAUCUAGUUAUGCUGUAAUUUCUUCAGCUAUUAAGGAACUUAAUAAAAUAAAAGAAAAAUCUGGAAAAAAUAAUAAUUUGUCUAAUAAAAAGAAAUCAAAGAGGAGUCUUUCAAAAUUCAUGAAAUUGGAAUUAUAAAAAUUCUUGCGAUAGCUUCAGUAAAAUAUAUUUAAAAAUAUUUUUUAAUUUAAGUAAAUUUUAAAAAGAUUUAUAUUUCGAUUCACUUCAUAUUAACAUUGAUGAAAGUCUUUUUUAACUUUACAAAUUACAGAUAUUUUACAUAAAUUCAUAUAAUUGUAUUA